AACAACCACUGAGCCAUGAAGAGCACAUUGAUUUUCACUCUACUGGCUGUCACCUUUAGCUGCAGCUGUGCCGCACCCUUUGAUCUGAAUGAUCUGUUCUUGGGCAGGAAUGCGCCCGUGGAUCGUGAGACGUCGCAGGAUGUGGUCAAGCGUCAGGUGCUGGCCAAUGCCGACGGCCAGCUGAAGCAGGUAUCGUUCCAGACGCUGAUUGGCAGCUUGGAGAACAGUCUGUUUCAGUCGGCGCUCAGCCUGAACGGCGCCAGCGCCGCAGGCUCUGAGGUGGUCGAGGUGAAGCCAGUCGCAGCCAUCGAGCCCCUGGAGACCAAUGAGCACAGCAUUUCGAAACGCUCCGAGGAUGCUGUGUCUACGACAGCAGCCCCGGUGGAGGCCGACAGCUCACAAGAGCGCAAAAUUCUGCUGCAGACCACAAAGAAGGUGCCGCUGAGCGAUGAGUCCGGACCUGCGCAUCUGAUCAUCGAUCGUGUCUCAGUGCUGCCCCAGAACGGUGUCUCAGUGCCACUGAUACCCACCUUCCAGGUACACCACACCAAGAUCACGUCGGCCACCAUCACCGAGGAUGCCAACAAAGACAGCAGCGAUGGCAAACAGACCAAGAUCAGCAUCACAAAGACUUCCAUCACCUCAACUGCGCCCGUGGAGAGUGUUGAGGCGCAGAGCACCAGCACGAGCACCAGCACGAGCACAAGCACGAGCACGAGCGCCAAGCCCGAGCAGGCCAGCACCACAGAGAAGGCGACCACGAGCGAGCCGAGCAGCAGCAGCAGCAGCAGCACAAGCACCACCACCACCAACACCCCUUUAACCAGCACAACCACCACGACCACCACCGCCGCGGAUCAGCCAAUUGUGAAGCUGAAGCAGGUGGAGGAGAAGCUCAAGGCUAAGGUCGCCGAGGUGGAGGCAGAGCCUGUCAUUCUGACCGCGCGUGUCUAAUCAUUUGGAGCCGCUCUAGUCUUAGUCAACUCGAAACUCAACUCAACUCACUCACUCACACACACAUAUAUAUACAUACAUAUACAUAUUUAUAUCGCGCCAAGUUGAAUUAAAGUCAUGUGAUUUGAUCUGAAAGCCCAAACAGC